UGCGAUGUGGCGUGUGUGCGGUGCUGACUGUUCGCUAAAUUAGCUGGCUGCAGCCAUUCAGGGACAUCUCUCACGGAGCGCCGGAGCCCUCAGUGCAAUAAAUAUGGCUGCAGAGCUCUCCACGUCCAUCAACAUCAAGGAGCCCCGUUGGGACCAGAGCACGUUUAUGGGCCGCGCUAAGCAUUUCUUCACCGUCACUGACCCACGGAACGUCCUCCUCACCAAUGAACAGUUAGAACGUGCGCACAAAAUCAUCACCGACUACAGAAAAGGCGUAGUCUCACCGGGGCUGACAGAAGAUGAAUUGUGGAGAGCCAAAUAUGUCUUUGACUCCGCUUUCCAUCCGGAUACCGGCGAGAAGAUGAUCCUGAUUGGCCGCAUGUCAGCGCAGGUUCCGAUGAACAUGACCAUCACUGGAUGCAUGAUGACAUUUUACAAGACCACUCCAGCUGUGUUGUUCUGGCAAUGGAUCAAUCAGUCUUUCAACGCAAUCGUGAACUACACCAACAGGAGCGGCGACGCUCCCAUCACGGUCAGUCAGCUUGGCACAGCGUAUGUAUCUGCCACCACAGGGGCAGUAGCCACCGCUCUAGGACUAAACGCACUAACAAAGCACGUCUCACCUCUGAUCGGACGCUUUGUUCCGUUCGCUGCUGUGGCCGCUGCAAACUGCAUCAACAUCCCACUGAUGAGGCAAAGGGAACUGAAACACGGCAUUCCCAUAACAGAUGAGAACGACAACAGGAUAGGAGAAUCGACCAAAGCGGCUCAGCAGGCCAUCUCUCAGGUUGUAGUCUCAAGGAUCCUAAUGGCCUCUCCAGGAAUGGCCAUCCCACCCUUUCUAAUGAACCAUUUGGAGAAGAAGGCCUUUCUGAAGAGAUUCCCAUGGAUGAGUGCACCAAUUCAAGUCAGCCUGGUGGGAUUCUGCCUGGUGUUUGCAACUCCGCUGUGUUGUGCAUUGUUCCCCCAGAAGAGCUCUAUUUCGGUUAGUCGCCUGGAACCUGAGCUGCAAGAGAAGAUCCGGGCCAGCCAACCAGGCCUGGAGAGAGUCUACUUCAACAAGGGGCUAUGAGAGCCUCGCCCACCAGUGUCCAAACGCCGCCAUGACCAGGUCGCUGGUCCUCCUCAUUCAGUGUGCCAAAGUUAAGUUUGCAUCUGCUCAUUUCACACGGACACUCUUGCCUCUGUCAAUAGUGUGAAUUUUAUUUUAUUUAAAUGCCAUUUUUGUGUAUGUGCAGUAUUUUUUAAAUAGUUUUUUCACUUCAUUAUUCAAAUAUCUCUGGAGUUGUGCCAAAUCUACAUUACCUCUGAACGACCUCAACCUGCUGUUUCAUUACAUUCCCUCAAUAACUUUAUUUUUGCCAAAUGAGCGACCAUUCAAAAAGGCUUAUUUAUCUCCAGGGAACCACUUUUUAAAUGGAGGCAACCAUUAAUUGAUCAACACGGUGCUAUUUCAAAACCCUCACGAUCCGUUUUCCUCAUUUUAUUUAUUGUGCUUGACACAAGCACUAGCAACCACUCCUCACAACAUUCAGUAGCGCUUUUAUUCUUUUCAAUAUUCUGUAUUUCCUCAUAGUAUGGGAUAAUUUACCAAAAUUUGCUUGCUUGUAUUUGCUUGUCCACCAUGCUGGAGAUCGAAGACUGAGUCAUGUUUGUUUUCGUUCUACUCAGUUAAUAUCAGCUAUGCUAUACAUUUUCCAAUCACCUUAGGUGUGAUAAGAUGAGGCUAUAAAGUGGGCAUAGUACCGUACAGAGCAACUUUGGAUGCAGUGGCAAAGACAGGACAUGAUGACAAAGUGAUAAUGAGGAAAAGGGAUAGAUACAAAUGGAUGGCUGGACGAACGUUCUGACAUCUUUAGGCUGCCAACUAGUUAAAACUGAAUCUCUGCCGGUUGCAGUCAAGUAGUGUACUCCCUUUAGCCUCAAAUGCUUUAACACACCCUUAAUCUACAAUCAAUUCCACACAGUUGAGAAAAUUCUCAUGAAUUAUGCCCAUCCCUAAUAAUUACAACAAGCUUUUCUCUGAGCGGGGAAAGGAGCUGUCAAUUUGAAGUGUCGCAUGUAAUCACAUCGGCUAUCUGAGGCCACUAUUUGAGGAAAUAUGGUACCAGAAAUGUUCAUUUUAAAUACGUCAUGCCUUACAGAAGUUUAUUUGAUGUUUUAAGCAGCACCUCAUGAGGAUUAAACUAUACCACAGAAAGUGGUUUUAGAGUGGUGAAUUUUAACAAUUCAGUUUUAUAAUGGUACAAUAUGUUAUUAUACUAUUUUAGUGUAAUUUUGAGUUAUUAAUAGACUUGAGUAUUUGGAAAGCUUACCAAAUACAGUUUACGACAAUAAUAGAAUCCAACAUCACGCUGGCACAAGGCAAGCUCAUUUACAGUGGGUACGGAAACUCUUUGUUAUAUUGCAGACAUUUGUUAAAAUCAUUUUUCCUUUUUUUUUCCCUCAUUAAUGUACACACACAUGUACACUAUGUUGAGAAUAAAAACUGAAUUGUUGAAAUAUUUGCAGAUUUAUGAAAAAAGAAACACUGAAAUAUCACACAGCCAUAAGUAUUCAGACCCUUUGCUCCGUAUUUAGUAGAAGCACCUUUUUGAGCCAAUACAGCCAUGAGUAUUUUUGGGAAUGAUGCAACAAUUUUUUCACACCUGGAUUUGGGGAUCCUCUGCCAUUCCUCCUUGCAGAUCCUCUCCAGUUCUGUCAGGUUGGAUGGUGAACGUUGGUGGACAGCCAUUUUCAGGUUUCUCCAGAGAUGCUCAAUUGGGUUUAAGUCAGGGCUCUGGCUGGGCCAUUCAAAAACAGUCACGGAGUUGUUCUGAAGCCACUCCUUCGAUAUUUUAGCUGUGUGUUUUGGGUCAUUGUCUUGUUGGAAGGUGAACCUUUGGUCCAGUCUGAGGUUCUGAGCACUCUGGAGAAGGUUUUCGUCCAGGAUAUCCCUGUACUUGGCCGCAUUCAUCUUUCCUUCGAUUGCAACCAGUCAUCUCAUCAGACCAGAGAAUCUUAUUUCUCACCAUCUUGAAGUCCUUCAGGUGUUUUUUAGCAAACUCCAUGUGGGCUUUUAUGUGUCUUGCACUGAGGAGAGGCUUCCGUAGGGCCACUCUGCCAUAAAGCCCCCACUGGUGGAGGGCGGCAGUGAUGGUUGACUUUCUAGAACUUUCUCCCAUUUCCAGACUGCAUCUCUGGAGCUCAGCCACAGUGAUCUUUGGGUUCUUCUUUACCUCUCUCACCAAUUUCUCAGUUUGGCCGGAAGGCCAGCUCUAGGAAGGGUUCUGGUCAUCCCAAACGUCUUCCAUUUAAGGAUUAUGGAGGCCACGGUGCUCUUAGGAACCUUAAGUGCAGCAGAAAUGUUUUGUAACCUUGGCCAGAUCUGUGCCUUGCCACAAUUCUGUCUCUGAGCUCUUCAGGCAGUUCCUUUGACCUCAUAAUUCUCAUUUGCUCUGACAUGCACUGUGAGCUGUAAGGUCUUAUAUAGACAGCUGUGUGGCUUUCCUAAUCAAGUCCAAUCAGUAUAAUCAAACACAGCUGCACUCCAAUGAAGAUGAUCAGAAGAAAUGGAUGGCACCAGAGUUAAAUAUGAGUGUCACAACAAAGGACCUGAAUACUUAUGGCUCUGUGAUAUUUCAGUUCUUUUUUAAUAAAUAUGCAAAAAUAAUAAUAAUAAUCUGUCAAUAUGAGGUCCUGUGUGUACAUUGAGGGGAAAAAAAUAAAUGUAAUUUUAGCAAAUGGCUGCAAUAUAACAAAGAGUGAAACAUUUAAGGGGGUCUGAAUACUUUCCGUACCCACUGUACUGCCUUACUUAGUUUUUUUUUAUUUGAUAGUUUUAUACUAUUGACCUUGGAAGUGUUUUCCUUCAAAUAUUUACAGGACUUCUGGUUUUACAACUGCAUUGGUGUAGGUUAGUGAUAGACCAUUGGGUAAUCCAACAAAUUCAGGUUAAGUCGUCACCAUAGGAACAGAAAUCUGUUGUAAACCAAGGACCAAUGUACGCACUUAUGAUGGUUCACACGUCCUCAUCAUCAUGUCAUUUAAUUGUAGAAAGCUUUAUCAGUAUUACAUAAAGUUUAAGACUCAAAGGAGGAUAUUUAAUAUCAAAAUAAGCAGGCGCCAUCUCGCCUACCUGGACUAUAGUGGUCACUUUAAUUUAUACAGCACAUAAUUCUAAAUCUGGCCAGAGAACCUGGCCACUUGUAAAACAUCAGGGAUGGCAAAAACAAAACAAUAUAUAGAAGAAAAAAAAAUAAUUACAAGCAAAAACCUUGAUUGAUAUUUUGUAUAUCGAAUUUAAUCCAACAAAUGCACGUUUAAAUCAAAUGUUCGUGAACGUCAAUUCCAUUGCUCAUCAUCAUGGUGUGAUCACUGUAAAGAUGUUUAAUAGUCUCUGAAUCUACUAUUGGUGUAUUGUACGAGUAACUUGAUUUAAAUAGUGUUUCCAGAGAGGUGUUUGCAGCUGGUAUGAAGUGGCAUCUGUUCUUGUCGUCAAAGUGAACUGAAUGUAACGUUUUCCUGCUCCAGACAAGUCUUCGUCCACGAAAGCACAAUAUUGGAAUGCUGACAUGAAAUGCUGCACUUUUGUUUCAUUUUUUUGUAACCCUUCAACCAAUGUUGUUUAGUUAACCUUUGACCAGCUGAGGGAGUAGCACAAAAUUCCUAUUUUAAUGUUUACUUGACUUUUUUUACAUUGAUUUUCUUAACAUAAUUGAAUCCAAUGAGAGAUAAUCCCUCUUGAAUGCUGUACAUCUCAAACUACUACACAAACUAGUGGAAACUGUCCCAAAAAAUUAAAUAAAAAAUACAAGUGAUCAUGUGAAGGAGUAAAUCAUAAGAAUUCUGUAUUUCAAAAAAUUAAAUGGCGUUUGGUU